GUUGUGGGACUCAGCUGGUUCAAACCCAGCGUCUUCCUAGCGCCCUGCUUCCCGCGGUCGGUGCUGCUCUGGCGGAGGCGCGAUGGGGGAGGCGGAGAAGUUCCACUACAUCUACAGCUGUGACCUGGACAUCAACGUGCGGCUCAAGAUAGGGAGUUUGGAAGGGAAGAGAGAACAGAAGAGUUAUAAAGCUGUUCUAGAAGACCCAAUGCUGAAGUUUUCAGGACUGUACCAGGAGACCUGCUCUGACCUUUAUGUUACUUGUCAAGUUUUUGCAGAAGGGAAGCCUCUGGCCUUGCCAGUGAGAACAUCCUACAAGGCAUUUAGUACAAGAUGGAAGUAAGUUGUUUUCUUGCAUAUGGUGAGUUCCAGACUGUUCUCCAAAGUCUUUAUAGAUGUUGUAAGUAUGAUUUAGUAGUGAUUCAGAGG